AGUCGGAAGGGGUAGGAAAAACCUGGAUCCGUUUCCAAGGAGCCGAAGGCAGCUCAGAUAUGGGGCACAUCUCGGCGCUAAUGUCCCAAGCUGCUAGCGAGGAACAGAGAGAACACCGGCUCUUCUUCCCGGCUUCUGGCCCGGCAGGGUCACUUCCGGGAGGGGGCGGGGAGACAAGAGGAGGCGUGCCGGGAAGGAGGCCGUUUGUAGUGUACCAGGCGGAAGUGUGCCAAAGGUAUUGGUGCUGUCGCUUCCGGUCCGGGUAAACGAACCUUAGGUACACUGGUGUGUGGCGUCCCAAGAUAGGCUUCUGAGGGCAAGUCAGCGAGUGAAGACGGGAGCGCCAGAAUCUGUGGACUCAAGAGUCUAGAAUCAAGUGGAAAAACCGGAAAAAAGGCCAGGAACCUGAAUACGACCUAAUAGCUGUUUCCGAGGGGGCAACUUCCACGGAGAACCUUCUGCCCUGGUAACGGCCAAAGAGGAGGAGAUGGCGCCAGUCAGGGAGCGGCCGUGGCCCAGACAGUGAGGAAGCGCGAAGGCGGAGCAACCGAGGAAUCCUCCGGAGAAGAAUCAGAGCCGUCGCUACCGCCACUACCGCCACCACCAUGGAAGGAGCAAAGCCGACAUUGCAGCUCGUGUACCAGGCAGUGCAGGCGCUUUACCACGACCCAGAUCCCAGCGGAAAGGAGCGCGCCUCAUUUUGGCUUGGGGAGCUGCAGCGUUCGGUUCAUGCAUGGGAGAUCUCAGACCAGUUGUUACAGAUCCGACAGGAUGUGGAAUCAUGCUAUUUUGCUGCACAGACCAUGAAAAUGAAGAUUCAGACCUCAUUUUAUGAGCUCCCCACAGACUCUCAUGCCUCUUUACGGGACUCAUUGCUAACCCAUAUCCAGAACUUGAAAGACUUGUCACCUGUCAUUGUAACGCAGCUGGCUUUAGCAAUAGCAGAUCUUGCCCUACAGAUGCCUUCCUGGAAGGGAUGUGUGCAAACACUGGUGGAAAAAUACAGCAAUGAUGUGACUUCUUUGCCUUUUUUGCUAGAGAUCCUUACAGUGUUACCUGAAGAAGUACAUAGUCGUUCCUUACGAAUUGGAGCUAAUCGGCGCACAGAAAUUAUAGAAGAUUUGGCCUUCUACUCUAGUACAGUAGUAUCUCUAUUGAUGACCUGUGUAGAAAAAGCAGGAACAGAUGAGAAAAUGCUUAUGAAGGUUUUUCGCUGUUUGGGAAGUUGGUUUAACUUGGGAGUUUUGGACAGUAACUUCAUGGCUAACAAUAAAUUACUAGCACUCCUUUUUGAGGUUUUGCAACAGGAUAAGACCUCAUCUAACCUACAUGAAGCUGCUUCGGACUGUGUAUGCUCAGCUCUCUAUGCCAUUGAGAAUGUGGAGACUAACUUGCCAUUAGCCAUGCAACUUUUUCAGGGAGUGCUGACAUUGGAGACUGCCUAUCAUAUGGCCGUGGCACGUGAAGAUUUAGACAAAGUUCUGAAUUACUGCCGUAUUUUCACUGAACUAUGUGAAACUUUUCUUGAAAAAAUUGUUUGUACUCCAGGCCAAGGUCUUGGAGACCUUCGAACUCUGGAGCUGCUGCUUAUCUGUGCAGGACAUCCUCAAUAUGAGGUAGUAGAAAUUUCAUUUAACUUUUGGUACCGACUGGGGGAACAUUUGUACAAAACUAACGAUGAAGUUAUUCAUGGCAUCUUCAAAGCUUACAUUCAGAGGCUGCUUCACGCCUUGGCUCGGCACUGCCAGCUGGAACCAGACCAUGAGGGGGUUCCUGAGGAGACUGAUGACUUCGGGGAGUUUCGCAUGAGGGUAUCAGACCUGGUAAAGGACUUGAUUUUCUUGAUAGGGUCUAUGGAGUGUUUUGCUCAGUUAUAUUCUACUCUGAAAGAAGGCAACCCACCCUGGGAGGUGACAGAAGCGGUUCUCUUUAUCAUGGCUGCUAUAGCAAAGAGUGUUGAUCCGGAAAACAAUCCAACACUUGUGGAAGUCCUAGAAGGAGUUGUCCGCCUCCCGGAGACCGUACAUACGGCUGUGCGAUACACCAGCAUUGAGUUGGUUGGAGAGAUGAGUGAAGUCGUUGAUCGAAAUCCUCAGUUCCUUGACCCUGUGUUGGGCUAUUUGAUGAAAGGCCUGUGUGAAAAGCCCCUGGCUUCUGCUGCAGCCAAAGCCAUUCAUAACAUUUGCUCUGUCUGCCGAGAUCACAUGGCUCAGCACUUUAAUGGACUCCUGGAGAUUGCCCGCUCCCUCGAUUCCUUCCUGUUGUCUCCAGAAGCUGCUGUGGGCUUGCUAAAAGGGACAGCACUUGUCCUAGCCCGAUUACCUUUGGAUAAGAUUACCGAAUGUCUUAGUGAACUAUGUUCUGUUCAGGUUAUGGCAUUGAAAAAGCUGUUGUCUCAAGAGCCCAGCAAUGGCAUAUCCUCAGAUCCCACAGUGUUCUUAGAUCGCCUUGCAGUGAUAUUUAGGCAUACCAAUCCCAUUGUGGAAAAUGGACAGACUCAUCCAUGUCAGAAAGUCAUACAGGAAAUAUGGCCAGUUUUAUCCGAGACUCUAAAUAAGCACCGAGCUGAUAAUCGGAUUGUAGAGCGUUGUUGCAGGUGCCUGCGCUUUGCUGUUCGCUGUGUAGGCAAAGGAUCUGCAGCACUGCUGCAGCCACUAGUCACACAGAUGGUGAAUGUGUACCACGUACAUCAGCAUUCCUGCUUCCUGUACCUUGGCAGUAUCCUCGUGGAUGAAUAUGGCAUGGAAGAAGGCUGUCGGCAGGGACUGCUAGACAUGCUCCAGGCACUGUGCAUCCCCACCUUUCAGCUCCUAGAACAGCAGAAUGGUCUCCAGAAUCACCCUGACACUGUAGAUGACCUGUUCCGGCUAGCCACCAGGUUUAUUCAGCGUAGCCCUGUCACCUUGCUGCGGAGCCAAGUAGUCAUCCCUAUCUUACAGUGGGCCAUUGCCUCUACUACCCUGGACCACCGGGAUGCCAAUUGUAGUGUCAUGAGGUUUCUACGAGACCUCAUUCAUACAGGGGUAGCCAAUGAUCAUGAAGAAGACUUUGAAUUACGGAAAGAACUGAUUGGACAGGUGAUGAACCAGCUUGGACAGCAGCUUGUCAGCCAGCUGCUGCACACCUGCUGCUUUUGCCUCCCCCCCUAUACCCUACCAGAUGUGGCUGAAGUGCUCUGGGAGAUCAUGCAGGUUGACAGACCGACUUUCUGUCGAUGGUUAGAAAAUUCCUUAAAAGGUUUGCCAAAGGAAACAACCGUGGGAGCCGUCACAGUGACACACAAACAACUUACAGACUUCCACAAGCAAGUCACUAGUGCUGAGGAAUGUAAGCAAGUUUGCUGGGCCUUGCGAGACUUCACCAGGUUGUUUCGAUAGCUCACACUCCUGCACUGUGCCUGUCACCCAGGAAUGUCUUUUUUAAUUAGAAGACAGGAAGAAAACGAAAACCAGACUGUGUCCCACAAUCAGAAACCUCCGUUGUGGCAGAGGGGCCUUCACCGCCACCAGGGUGUCCCGCCAGACAGGGAGAGACUCCAGCCUUCUGAGGCCAUCCUGAGGAGUUCCUGUUUGGGGGUGUGAGGGAAAAUCAGCGCGGAUUUUAAAAAGAUGGCUGUGGCCUGCCCGGCGUGGUGGGAGGGGAGCUGGUUUCCUGGUGAACUUUCUAAAAAGAAAAAUAAUUUUAAGUAAAGAAAAAAGAAAAAAAAGGAAGACUAAACAGAAACCAGAACUGAAACAUUCACCUGGUAGCAAAUGACACAUGCACGCACACACACAUACACGCACAAGCGCCAGUGCGCACGUGUACACGGAAAAACAAAAGGACAAGCUUUCUGUGAAACAAAAUACUUACUUAGGGAUAAUGUGGGGAUUCACAUGAAUUAAAUAGCUGCAAUUGGAAGAAGAGGGUCAGGGUCAUUUGUUCAGGUUUUCUAUUGUUUUGUCCUCUCUUUCCUCUCCUACCCUUCCUUCUCUUUCUCUCUCCCCUCCUUUUAAAUGCAAAUGAGUAGAAAUUUCUUCUACCUUCUCCAGCUGUUUCUUCCCACCUUUAGAGUUGUUUAGACAAGGAGGAGUAAGCAAGGAACUUGUUCUGCUUUCUAUCGUGGUCACAUUGGUGAUGCUCAGGACCUGCCAGGGUCAGAAUUUAUGGAUAUCUGAACCCUGACCCCGUUCAUUCUCUCAGUCCACUUCCAAUCCACAUCAGAUUGUUGUCUGCCUUGGAGAGAAGAGCCAAAACUGGGGUGGGCGGGUGGGUGGGGAGUGCAGGAUAUAAAUGUGUAAGUUUUUGUUUUUUAAGGUUUUUUUUCUUAGUGAAUUAUUCACCCACAGACAUGAGAGAAAAAAAGAGGGAGGGUGUGUGGAGAAAAAAUGUUUACAGGGCUAACAAGGGAUGAUGUGUCAUUUAGUAUUUUACUAAAAAGUGUGGAAAUGACUUGAUUUUAAGGGGAGGGUGAGGCCGAAGAGGGAAGCCCAAAGCAGAUCUUAAUGUUUCAAAGGAGUACAGCCCUUCACAGCCAUCAGAUAUGAGGGCACUGUUCUGUCUGGUGUUGUAGCCAUCUCAAGAACAAAUCAACAGCAACAAAAGAAAAAGAAUAAAUUUUUAAAAUUUAA